CCGCGACGAAGAAGGAUUAGGAUAUAAGUCAGACCAAGCUUUGUCGACGUCUCCAUGUCUUCAUUGUCAUUGCAAGGAGAGUCUAAUCUCAUGUCAAAGAAGAGUGAAAGUCGUCUUCCCAGGGCACAGGAACGGUUUCACUUGGCUAGAGGAGACUUGUCAUCGACCUGCUUGUGAUAUUCUCCAGUUCAUUCGAGAGAGGACAGAUAUUUGUGAAGGUGCGGAGAUGACUAGAGAUGGUGGAAUCUUAAUGAAACACCAGAGUUGGAAUUACAAAGGUUGCGAACUGUUUUUCAAUGGAACAGACCUUGAUGGUAGUGAAGUCUGUCCUCCCAUGGCCAGACCUGAGUGCUAUGUCUACAGCGGAACUAUCUGCUGUGCCUCUAAGUGUGCAGCCCUCCAAGAAAUAGCAAAAAUGUUGAGAGGCCACCUAACAGUAUGUUCUAAUGGUCAUCAGCUGGUUUCAAAUGGUCUUUGCCGGAAAAAGACUCCGGGCUGUUUGCGUGAUCCCAGUCGUAAUAGCUGUUCGUCGGAGGUCUCAUGUCAGGAUGAAAAGUCCAAUCAGUACUUCGAGGGGGUCACGUGGUCAGUGGGUAACUGCAUUCAGUGCUCCUGUCGAGCUGGCAAGAUCCACUGUAAACGAGAGAUCUCAGUGAUAAAUAGCUUGGAGGAAGAAUCUCUGACAGAAUAUUGUAUUCAAAACGAGUGUGAUGUAUUCCGUUUUCUGGCCAAAAAUCGCGGCAAGUGUAAAGCUUGCAGAUGGAAUGGCACCAUCUAUUAUGAUGGCGAUAGCUGGAAGGAAAAUGAUAUCCAUUUCUUUUGUAGCACCUACAAUCAGAUACUGAGGGCCGGUUGCUGUGUUGAACAACGCCGAGUGAAUUGUGUGCACACUUCAAAUUCAGGUCAGAGAGAUGUAUCUGUAGAUGUAAUGAGAACAUAACACAUUGAAUUAUUAUGACAUAGAGGAAACAUAUUUUGCAUGGAGCUGUUAUAAUUAUCGUUUUUUGAGGGUACAACCACUUGUACUCAGCCCCCAAAUAG